GUCAUUGUGAGAAAGCCUGGGAGUGGCAGGAAGGAGGAGAGGCAGAGGAGAAAGACGAAGAGGUCAAGCAGCUGUACGAGAAUCAGGAUUUCCCUGAGUAUUUACACAGCAUCCUUCCAUUUACGGCAGCAGUAUGGCUGAGGGCUCAGUGUCUCUGGCAGAGGUGGAGACCUCCUUCCAGAAGUUUGCAGUCCAUGGCGACACUAAAGCCACAGGGAAGGAGAUGAACGGCAAGAACUUCGCUAAGCUCUGCAAGGACUGCAACAUCAUCGACGGCAAGAACGUCACCACUACAGAUGUUGACAUUGUUUUCAGCAAAGUCAAGGCAAAGUCGGCUCGUGUAAUCACAUUUGAGCAGUUCAGCCAGGCCCUGACAGAGUUGGCUCCCAAACGAUUCAAAGGCAAAAGCAAAGACGAGUCGCUUCAGCAGCUCUAUGGUCUCAUUGUUGGUAAGGAGCCUGCCAACGUCGGAAUCACUAAAGUAGCGAAGGCAGCAGCAGUGGACAGACUGACCGAUACCACCAAAUACACCGGAGCGCACAAGGAGCGGUUCGACGAGUCAGGCAAAGGAAAAGGAAAGGCCGGACGCGAGGACAUCCCCGACAACAGUGGCUACGUGGGAGCUUACAAGGGCAGCGGCACUUAUGACCAAAAAGUAAAAGAAGCAUAAUUCUGACAGAGUAUGAAACUUUGUUUUAGUAACUUAAAUUAAGCGUGUUAAAAAGCAACAUGAUUAAAUUGGCUACUAUAUUUUUCAAGACAAAACUAAUGUUCUGCAUAAUGUCUCGUGGGCCUAGCAUUAGAAACACUAAUUGGAGCCAUGGAAAAAAGGGAAAAAACAUAUAAUUGGAGUUCCAAGGUUUUUAUAAUUGACAACCAGGAUGAGCAACUUAAAGAAACAAUUUCCUGACAACAACCCAAAGACAAUGAAAAUGCCUCGGUGCAGUUAGUACAGAAAUUAUCAAUGGGUCAUAGCAUGAACGACUGAUUGCUCUUUAUAUUUUCAGUGAUUUUAAAAGGGACCAAAACAUGAAACUGUACUUGCAGACAAGCAUGCUUUAUAGACGCUAACUCUGCUUUGCACUAACACUGUGCCUUAGUAUAGUAUAGCUGCUAGCGCGAAUGCUUCGAUAUUCAGUAUUGUGCUGCUGUUUUCACUUAUCUUGAUGCAAUGGAUGGUACUUUAGUGGGUUUCAAAUAAAUGACACCGUGUUCGUGGUCACACUUGCUAAACUUAUCACUUUAUAGUUCAGUGCCUUUUGCUACAUGACCAAUCAGUGCCCAUUAUUAUUCUCAUGAAGUUUAUUCAUAUCAUGAAAUUAAUUCUAUAUUUAUUGACAAACCGUGAAGAACAGAAUUAUUCUGUAAUGAUGGAGCUACAGUGCAACAUACAUCUUUAUUCCUCUUUUUUUAUGAUACAUAUUGUACAUACUUGUCUGUUGCAGCCAUGCUACCCUUAAUAUAUAUCUCUUUAACUUACAACAAUCUUCACUGAGCUCAUGUAUUACUGCCCUACAAAGACUAACUGCAGUAACAAUGCUAAAACUGACACUAAGAAAAAUGACUUUGACAUUUUUUGACUGUAAAAGGAUCACUGCGGUUUUCCUUGGCCCGAUAGAAUCUCAGAUCUCCUGGAACCAAAGGAAGGACACAGCGACUGCAUUUACUGUGGUUUACCUCGGGGUUUUGAAUGGAUUUUGUAGUUACUGCAUUUUUUUUCAUCCGAAAAAACAAGACUGAAUCGGUAAAUUUUGUCACAAAAUAGAACAGCUAUCCAAAGGUUGUAAUCCUAAGGUUGUAAUAGUCUGUCUAGUCUUUUUUUGGGGGGUAGAAUAGGCGACAUUAAAAACUUAGAACAAACAAAAAAAGGAGUGAAUUUACAUAUCAGAAAAUGAAAGAAAACUAUUUCUCAGGCAUAAGUUGUCAGUGAGUAACUGUUUAAAGCAAUGGAGAUUAUAGCCAGUAACCCUUGCCUCCAACCUGCUGAUUUCCAGAAAUAGCUGGGAUACAAUUUCCCAACAUAAAGGGCCCUUGAAGAACAAUAAACACUCAGCGUACACUCAUCCUCCUACCUGGACCCUCCUUGUAAUGUGACACUGAUGGCAUUUAUGGGGGAUUCAUAGGACCAACUUUAACAAUGCUCAUCGUAUGUUUAAAGAUAGCUUACCUCCUCUGUAUCUCACACUAUAGGCCUGAGCAGAUAAGCAUCACCUUUGUGUGGAUCAUGCCAUUGAAUUCCAUAAUAGCCUAUAUUCUACACUCAUGACUCACUAUAAUCUCUGAUAUUUCAAAAGAUAAUGAAGAAAUAAAUCAAUAAACGACUGCAAUAUAAUAGAA